UAUGCUCUUUGUUUUAUUAUAUAUGAAAUUAUUGAGCUGUUGAAUUGUAUUUAGAGUGUAUGUUACGGUUGAUUUGUUAUAACUAUAUGAAGGACUAAUUAGGUGAGCAGUAAUUCUUGCCUGUAGAAGACAUUUUAUUUUAAAAAUAUGUUUUGCGGUAAACGUCUUUCAAUAAUUUGUGCAAUAGCAAUUUUCUGUGACAUAGGAUUAAUACUUUACUUUGUAAAAUACUAUGGCAAUCAAAGGUGUUACAUUACAAUUAAUGAAGAUCAAGAAAUCGAAACCAUUCUACCUGAUAACUUUUUAAGUAUCGGCAUCGACGCUUCCGAACUACAACAUUACGAUAGAAUAGACUUUAGUAAACAUCGCUUUCGAGAACUUGCCGCAGCAUUAAAACCAGCACAUUUGAGAAUAGGCGGCACAAUGUCAGAUCGACUCAUCUUCAGUUCGCAAGAUAAUCCUCACUUUACUUGCAAUGAAUGUGCAUCUAAUAUUUCCAAAGUUGAAUGCCAUGCUGUAAAAAAGAUGUGUAAACAUAAAGAGUUACCGUUUUUUGUUUUAACCGGAAAAAAGUGGUCGGAAAUAAACGAAUUUUGCAAUGCUACAGGUAUCAAACUUUUGUUUGCACUUAAUUUACUGUUGCGCGAUAAUCAUGAAUGGAACAGUGACAAUGCUGUUGAGAUGUUUGAAUAUUCAAGGCAAAGAAGAUAUCAAGUCGACUGGCAGCUUGGCAAUGAGCCUAACUCUCUACACCAUAUAUUCCAUGUUACUGUGACUCCAAAGAUGCUAGUCCAUGAUUUCAAAAAAUUAAGACAUGUGUUAGACCAUCAUGGCUACAAAAACUCAAUUUUGGUGGGUCCGGACACAACAAGACCUCAGCCAAACUGUCAUAAUUGCCUACAAUACAUGAUUGACUUUCUUGGUAAUGGCUCUAAUUGUAUUAAUAUAAGAUCAUGGCAUCAAUAUUAUUUAAAUAGUAGAACAGCUAAACUCGAAGAUUUCUGGGAUCCAAAAACAUUUAAUUUACUUAGUGAUCAGAUAAUCACUAUGAAAAAUAAUACGAUGAAUUACAAUGAUAUACCAAUGUGGUUAACUGAGACUAGUAGCUCAUAUGGUGGAGGUGCUCCGGGAUUGUCAAACUCUUAUGCUGGCACUCCGUUAUGGGUUGAUAAAUUAGGACUUUGCGCUAAACACAAUAUUACAACUGUUAUAAGGCAGAGUUUCAUUGGAGGUAAUUACAGUUUAGUGGAUAACAAUUUGAUGCCAUUACCUGAUUGGUGGGUUAGUGUAUUAUAUAAGAAACUUGUAGGUAAUAAAGCCUUGCGUAUUGAUUGUAAUUGCUCACCUAUGCAGAGAAUGUAUUUGCACUGUGCCAACCGAAAAUACAUCAAUGAUACAACAGCUAUAACUAUAUAUGCUAUCAAUUUGGAAAUGGAGAAAGCCAGAUUUUUUUUGAAUGGCACAGCUAUUAAAGGCAAGGAUUUAAACAUUGAUGAGUAUAUAGUUAGUGCACCUUCAAAUAACAGGAAAACUAAAAUUGUACUGCUUAACGGCUGGCCUUUAUACUAUGAGAACACAAUGCCUGAUUUAUUGCCUCAUCGUAUAAGAUAUGGCAAUAUUAUUUCAAUGCCACCAUAUUCAAUUGGUUUCUGGGUUGUCAAAAAUACUAAUAUAAGGAGUUGCAAAUAGACAAAUGGAAGGAAUAAGACAGCGAACCUUAGAUUUCUUUGAAACCCAGUGUUAGUAUUGAUAAAUGUUAUUAAGUGUCUAUGUUAUAAAUAAUGCUUAAUAAUUUACUGUUCAAGUUGUAAAAGAUCUCUCUGGCACCUGUGUUAGUGUUGAUUUAUUAUUAAUGUUAUGUGUAUAAUAUCUUAAUAUUAGCUAAAUAGGUGCUGCACAAUUUUUAAUAGGUGUCCCAUAGCAAUGUACUGUUUCAGUCUCUACAUUUAAAAUAUCACUUUGAAAAUGUAUUGUAAAAUUUCAUAGAAAUAUCUUUUUUAAUAUAAUGUAAGAGCCUUAUGCUGUGUCAAGGCAGGCAAUUAUUGGAAUUUUUAACCAUUUCAAUUCUUGGUAUGCAGUACAAACUCUUAUUUAGUAAAGUCUCUUCUCAGACAAAUUGUAUAGCUUGCCAAUUUUGUAUCCCACUUAUAUUUGUAUUUAAGAAAACAUUCUCCUUUUGUAAGAUUUUGUGAAUUUUGAUAUCUCUAAUCUCCUCUAGUCUUGUAGAUUUUGAAUGUAACUUUAUUUAACAAGUUCAGUGCCACCAAUUGAUAUUAAAUUUUGAUGGUAGUAAUCAUAGUGGCAUUGAAAGUGUUAACUGUUUUAGUGGUAUGACAAUAUGUUAAUGAUUCUAUAUAUCUUAUAUCUCUACAAACUUUUUUAAACUGUUUUAACCUCUUAAAUUUUAAGUAUUUUGGAAUUUCAUAUUUUUAUUAGUCUAAUUAUAGGAAAUGCAUCCUUUGAGCUAUAAGCUGUUAAUUAUAAAGUGUAUUGAUAGAAUUUAAUGUUAUAUUCAUUGUUAAAUAACAUUUACUAUAUCUGGAACAUUUAUAUUGCUUGCCUUUGACAUUUUGAUUGUACUGUUAUUGCAUGUUUCAUUUCAUUAUUGUUUACAAUUAACUUCAACAUUCAUUAGUCAAGAUGUCUGUGACAUUGAAAGGUACUUAGCUUGAGCUAGAUAAGGCAUGUACAUUUAAUAUAUUAAUUUAUAUCACACAAUGUAAGAUCUGUUUAUAUGUACUAAGAUCUGGGAAAGUCGAAUUUCUGUAUAUUUUUUUUUGUAGAAUGUAUUUUAAAAUAUGCAUUCGGAUAAUGUUACACACCUCUACUUAGAAAGAUACUAAUUAAUUUAAGAAUCACUUCUUUUUUCUUUUAGUUGCAUUUUUUAACCGACUUCCCAAAAGAAGGAGGUACUUAAGUCGUCUGUAUGUUUUUUUAUAUGUACAAAUAAACAUCUAAAACAUCCAAUCAAACGUCCUUAAUACUUCGUAAUUAUUGUAUUAAGGUUAUAAAGAUACUUACUCGACACUUAAAUAAUACUAACUGAUAUGAACUUAGUCACUUUGGAAAAAAAACACAUUUGUUCAAAAUUAAUCCAGCCAAUAACUAUACAAAUAUAGGUUAUCUCGACCAGGCCAAUGAGAUAAAAGAAAUCUUGUAAGCACAAAUAAACAUUUCUAUCCCAAUGACUUUUAAAUAUAACCUAUUUUUUUUAUAAAAUGUAAAAAAGUUGUGAUCAUUUAAUAUGUAAGACUGACUAGUCCUAGAAUAUUAUUUUUUCCAAGUGCCUAACAGCAUCUUUUAUAUUCAUUUUUCUCUUAAAGUAUGGAUGUUUUAAUUGUAUUUUAUGUCAAUUGAAUGCAAUCUUUAAUACAUGUUCAAUUCUAUUGAUUGUAUUUAGUAUAUUUUAGCAAUUUAAUUCAGUUAUAAUUUUUUAUAAGCUAUAUUGAUCUUAAUAUAACCUAGUUAUUUAUGUUAGAAAUAUUAGAAAAUCACAAUUCAAAUAUUCUCUAAAGUAUUGAAAUAGAUCAAAUGAGAUUGAUUAUACAUUAAGGGCCUGUCCCACCACUGGCUGAUAGAGGCUCAGAUAGCUUAAAAAUGAUGUCACUGUAAGAUAAGAGAACAAAACCCAACAUUUCAAUUACAUAUUUAACAUGUUUCAUCGUUAGACAAUUUACAAUUUGGUGGUACAGAUCCUAGUAGUGUUAAAUUUAGAUGCACACUUUUAUUGUAAUUUAUCUAUAUAGAUAGAUUAUUCAUUUGUUUCUACUUUAAUAUGUUGCAUUUAUUUUCGUUGUUUUUUUGUUAAUAAUCUAGGCAGGUAAAUACUUAAAUUUACAAAUAGCUAUGUACAUCUGUGCAUAAAUCAUACCUUUAAGAUCAUCAUCAUCAACUUUCCCUUAUCCCUUAUAGAUGGUCGGCACAGUAUGUGCUGCUCUUCCAUACAUCUCUAUC